AUACAGGGAAAUUAAAAUAUGAAAGAAAUGUUUGGGCUGCGAAAUGACGUCACCAGGCUGCGUCUGCGCACAAACGCUGGGCGUGCUGCGUCAUCACGAGUCCAUAGCAACUGUGAUUGGAAUGAUACUGUCCUGAAGGUCGGUAUGGUUUAACGCGAUGGCGGAGAAGCAUCGCGCCGGUGUCGAGAUCAUGUCCGACUCCAAAUCUGCCAGAGCUGCGGGCGACGAGCAGCUGCUGUCGCAGUCCGGGGUGAGCGCGCUGCUCCGGGGAGCCCUGCUCCGGCUGCUCGAGUCCAGACCGGAUGAUCCCGUCGGGUUCCUGGCCGAACACUUCGCUCAUCUGGCGUCGGAGGCUGAAGACGGAGCGUCGGAGCGUCAGAGCGUCAGCCGCGCUCUCUGGCACCUGAGCCUCGCGCAUCACUCGCACAGGUCAGCGUUUAACAACAACGUGCGUGUGGCGUAUGAGCUGCUGACGCAGGGCGUCCCGCGUCGUCUCAGUGCCGGCGGUGUUCGCGGGCGUCUGUAUUCAGAGAUGCUCCGGUGUCUGUGCAGUGAAGGCGGGCUCUCGGGCUCCACCGCCGCUCCGCUCCUGCGACUCGUCCAGAGCCACGACUACGAGUCAGUGCCCUUCGAGCUCUUCCGGCAGGGCGUCCUGACCUGCGCCGUGUUCGCAGACUACAUCCGGAAGUCUCAGUGUCUGUACGCGGCGGUGGCCAGCGCUCCGGACCGGCCCGCAGAGAGGACGCUGUGCCACGCGGUGCUCUCCACCCUCCGCGAGGCUCUGGAGACGGCGGACGGCGUUGACGUGGCACGAUAUCUGGAGGCCAGCGCCAAGAUCUCUCCCGCUAAAGUGGCUCAGGCCAUGGCCGAGGUCCAGCCGCGCGCGCAGAGACACGACGGACCCACGAUGGACGCGCAGGAGUUUGAAGACGCCGCCGCCGCGCUCUUCAUCGCUCGAGUGCGAACCGUCACCUGAAGCUCCGCGUGCAUCAUUAUCACUGAGAACCGAGCAUAUUGCACAAACAACAGCGUAUCGAAAGUUACAUCUUAAACCGUUGCGUCAUAUUGCAUUCAAGCUUUAACAUUUAAAUGUCUCGUAUUCCAGCACAAAUAUCUAAACAUUCUUAAAUCAAGAUGCAAAAUGGCAAGAUAUUAAAUCUAGACUAAUGACAAAAUGAUCAAAA